AUGAAAAAGUUAGUUUCAGGAGGUAGCCGGUCCCCUGAUGUGGAUAGCGAUGAUGACCUCGAGCAGGCGUCAGCGACCAAGGCGGCGAAGGCUAAGGGCAAGCAGCAGGAAGUCGUGAAGGUCAAGACCAAGGUCGAGGACGUCGAACCGACCGGCACUAGUCCGGCUUUCACAGAGGGAGUUUCAUCACAUAGGUCGAU